UGAAGCCAAUCAUAUGUUUAAAUACUGCUCUUGGGGAGUGGUUCCAGCUCUUAUAAGGUACUCCUAGAAAAAGCAGAUACACUUUCUGAAGUAGCCGCAGACAUGGACACCACAGGAAAAGUGAUCAAAUGUAAGGCGGCUAUCGCAAGGGGAAUACAUAAACCACUCACAAUUGAGGACAUUGAAGUUGCACCCCCAAAAGCUCAUGAAGUCAGAAUUAAGAUUUUGGCAUCUGGUAUUUGUGGCUCAGACCUCAGUGUAAUGAAAGAUAAACUUAGUGAUAUAAAAUUUCCAGCUAUUUUGGGUCAUGAAGCCAUUGGUAUUGUUGAAAGCAUCGGUAAGGAUGUGACUGUGGUUAAACCAGGUGACAAAGUGAUCCCACUGUUUUUACCUCAGUGUGGACAGUGCAGGGCUUGCAAGACUUCAAAUUGUAACCUAUGUGAAAAAAAUGACUUUAGUGCCAAAACAGGGCUGAUGGAAGACAAAACCAGCAGAUUUACAUGCAAAGGCGAACAAAUCUAUAAUUUUAUGUGCACAAGCACUUUCACAGAAUACACUGUUGUGCCUGACAUAUGCGUGGCCAAAGUAGACCCUGCUGCUCCUGUUGAAGGUUGCCUUAUUGGCUGUGGAUUUGCUACUGGAUAUGGUGCAGCGGUGAACACUGCUAAGGUUACUCCAGGAUCUAUGUGUGCUGUAUUUGGCUUAGGAGGUGUGGGAUUUUCAGCUAUAGUUGGCUGCAAAAUCGCUGGAGCAGGUCGGAUUAUAGGAGUUGGCUCACAUAAGGAUAAAUUUGCAAAAGCCAUUGAGUUGGGAGCCACUGAGUGCCUAAGCCCAAAGGAUUAUGACAAACCAAUUCAAGAGGUCAUUAGAGACAUAACCAAUGGAGGAGUGGAUUUUGCCAUUGAAUGCACUGGAUAUAUUGAAACAAUGAAAACUGCAUUUGACUCAACUUACAUAGGCAAUGGGGUCACUGUUGUGCUUGGAGUAGCAGGCCCAGAUGAUAGACUUUCUUUUCAUCCUGGUGAACUCUUGAUGGGGCGUACCAUGAAAGGAUCAGCAUUUGGAGGUUUUAAAAGCAGAGAUGAAGUACCAAAGCUUGUUUCUGAUUAUAUGGCAAAAAAAUUUAGCAUUGAUUUCAUGGUGAGCCAAAGAAUGCCAUUGGAAAAAAUCAAUGAAGCAUUUGAAUUGAUGGAAAGUGGGAAAGGAGUGCGUAACAUUAUCAUUUUCUAAUGCAUAUUCCAUUUCUCGUGUGAAGUCAACUACAGAUGUGCAGCCUGACGUCCUGUUGAUUAUAAUUGCUUCAGUAGUACAAUUUUCAAUAAAAAAAUGCUGCUAACACGACUGUAUACAAUUUAAUGCAAUAAGAAGUUUUUACUGCUUAUAUAAUUAAAUGUACGAAUCCUAACACAAUAGGAGAAAAAAAAAAGUUAAGAGAUAGCACAUACUUUCCAUGUAUUCUAUAUUAUGUUACCUGAAGCUAAAUAAAUCAUUUCUGGACUGCUA